AUGAUCAACAAGCAAACUAAACUUAGUUUGCAUCUCGGUCUUCAAUUCCAUCCUGCCCUGCAUUCUGCACAUAAUAUACUACUCCCUCUCUACCGGAAUAUCAAAGACGCGAGAGGCGCCGCCGCUGCCGCCGCCAAGAUUAAGUGCCUCUGCCGCCGCAGCAUUCCUGCAAGUAAAUGGAAUCGAGAUCGACCUCAAGAGGUGAAAAAGUUGAUACCUUUGGCUCUCAUCCUGGGGCUGCCGACGACCGGGGUGUCGUUGGCGGCGAGGGUCGCACACCACUGUCGCGACACCGUCACCCUCGCCAACAUCCCCCGCCACGUUGGGCCUGCGAAGAUCUUCGCUCUGGUGCUCUUCUCACCGCUAAAGCAGGAGUUUGUAAUUGGAGGGCUUCAGCUCAUGGAAUUCAGAAAUUGUGCUACUGACUGCAUGUGCUACUAUAACUCGAGGGAUUCAGCUCAUUGGGAGUAGCAGGAAUGAAUGGAUCAUGAUCGAUGCAAUUUUUUUUGUUCUGUAAUGGGAGUAUGUGUGAAUGAAAGAAGUCAUGACUUGUGCACCAUGACUUUUGUUACUGUCCCUGCCUAAUUUUUUGUCAGCUACUCUUGCCAUUCUAUCAACAGAUCAAAAGAUUCAUGUAUCCAUCCAAGCACCUUUUAUCUAUAAAGGAAAUCUGGAACA